CCUCAACCAGAACUAAACUUCACUGUAAAAUAGCACUUAUUACAAGGACUACUUCUGCGAUUUCUACAGACAAGAUAUUGACGGUGGAAGAUACCUGGAGGAGAGUCUGAACAUAACCCUGUUGAUAUUUGAAUGCACCUGUGCUGUGAGGUCAUAAUGUUCCCUUGGUGGCUCUUGGGUUUCCUAGCCCUCUGCCCUGCGUCGCUCUGCACAAACCCUGGUAUCACUGGGAGGAUCACACAGAAUGGACUGGAGUAUGGGAGGCAGAUAGGCAUGGCUGUUCUGCAGCAAAAGCUGAAGUCCAUUAAAAUCCCUGACAUGUCGGGUAAGGAAAAAGUGUCACCAAUCGGCAAGGUGCAGUACAGCUUGACACAGAUGCAGAUUGUAAGUGUCAGUCUUCCCCAGUCUGCAGUCGGGUUAUCUCCAGGCACUGGGCUUGUCUUAUCCAUAGGCAAUGCCUACAUUAGCAUCAAGGGGAACUGGCAUGUGAAAUAUCUGAGGGUCGUUAAAGAUCACGGCUCCUUCGAUCUGUCAGUUAGUGGCCUGACAAUUUCGGAAGGUAUUGGAGUGUCCCGUGAUGAGACGGGACGUCCCACAGUGUCGAGUGCCAGCUGCUCUACCAGCAUUGGGGGAGUGAAAAUCAAGUUCCAUGGCGGGGCAAGCUGGCUGUACAACCUGUUCUCGAAGUUCAUUGAGAAAGCCCUUCGGAAAGAGCUCAGUGACAAGAUUUGUCCCUUGGUCUCUGAAGCUAUCAGUGGACUUAAUCCCCAUCUGAAAACCUUAAAUGUGCUGGCGAAGGUUGAUCGGUACACGGAGGUUGAAUAUUCCUUGGUUUCUCCCCCUGUGAUCACAAAGAACUACAUUGACUUGGACUUGAAGGGUGAGUUCUAUAGCAUCGGGCAGCACCGUGAACCCCCCUUCACCGCGCCCCCGUUCUCCCUCCCCGAGCAGGCCAGCAGGAUGCUGUACAUCGGGGUGUCUGAGUUCACUCUGAAUUCUGCUGGCUUUGUAUACUACAGCGCCGGAGCGCUCCACAUCAAUGUUACAGAUGACAUGAUUCCAAAAUCAUCCCCUCUUAGACUGAACACCCAAACAUUUGGAGUUUUCAUCCCUCAGAUUGCGCAAUCCUACCCUAACAUGUCAAUGAAGCUCAUCGUACAAGCCACCAAACAGCCACAUGUAACCAUGCAGCCAGGCAACAUCACAAUUGAGGUGGUGGGAUCCAUCUCUGCCUACGUCAUCAAACCUGACUCCACCCUUGCGCCCCUCUUCAUUCUCGAUAUGGAAGCCAGCGCCAGUGCCAACUUGCUUAUUUCAGGGAAGAAACUGGUUGGAUCUGUAACUCUGAAUGGAGUGGUCCUGUCCUUGCAGAAGAGCUACGUGGGGCCUUUCCAGAUUCGUUCUCUGCAGACUGUGCUUCAGCUGGCUUUGAAAUCUGCAGUGCUACCCAAGGUUAAUGAGCUCCUGAAAGAAGGCUUCCCUCUCCCCACCAUUGACAAGAUGAACCUCGUUAAUGCUCAGAUCCAGAUUCUCAAGGACUAUGUACUGAUCGGGACAGAUGUUAACUUCACAGGAGGUCCAGCCAAGGCCAGGUAUCUCAGCUCAGUCUACUACCACUGGUACACUUCUCUUACCUGAGCGUCCUGCACAGUAAUCUUAAAAAAGAUAUUAAUAUAACAUAAAAAAGAAAUCUAGCAAAAAAGUUGUUUUACUUUAUUUUAAGUGCCAUUAUUACAAUUGCAUUACACUUUAAAUGCACAGGAUGAUGCAUAGCAAACAAUAUUAAACAAACAUUGUCUAACGUGCUAGGUUUGUACCAUUUUUGUAAAACAAAACUUGCAAGGCUCAACAACUUAGGUGCACAUAGGUAUUUACAUGCCUGAGGUAUUCUUUUCAAGC